ACCAUGGGAAUCUGAAGGAUACAAAAGUUACGGAAAACCGCACUCGCACCCGCGCCACACUCGUAGAGUAUAUUGUACAUAUGUAUAUGUAAUCGUCGAGAUAUCAUUGGUGUGGUGUACAUUUUGUCCUCUCUUCCGUCCCGAUCGACAUUGAAAACUAUGACAUCGGCGAUAUUAAGAAAUGCAACACCGAGGUAAACAAGUGUUCUUUUUUCAUUUGUUAGUAUAAAAAAUGCAAGCGAAGCGCUUAUCUGCCAAGUUGAAUUUUUCGACUAUUCAGGAGUUGUUGUACAACGAACGAUCUAUUAGACCCGUCCCCCCUUUGAGAAGCUGCCACCGACGAUGCAGACGCAUGCUUGCGCAGUGCCGUUUUAUCGGUCUCCAGCGAUCUCCAUUGCCACCGCUGCCGCAAUCAGAGGCACAUCAGAAUUGAAACGAGGUCUGGAAGGCGUUGGCCCCUGGUUGCCAUGAGUUUUUCCAGCGACGAGGUGAACUUCCUGGUUUACCGAUACCUGCAGGAGUCGGGCUUCCUGCACUCCGCCUACGUGUUCGGCAUUGAGUCGAACGUAGCGCGGACCAACAUCAAUGGAAGCCUGGUGCCGCCGGCUGCCCUGCUAACCAUCCUCCAGAAGGGCCUCCUCUACACAGAGGUGGAGUGGAGUGUGGGCACGGACGGAGAGGUGGGGCGUCUCAUUGAAGGCCUUUCCCUGAUUGAUGCUGUGAUGCCGGAUUCUAAAGGGCCCAAGGCGACGGGGAGCACCAGCACCGCAGAGUCCACCCCGGAGGGCGGUUCCAGGGGAAGUGCCGCAUCCCCUAGCGGCUCCAGAGGCAGCAAAAAUCCACAAGCCAGUGAGUCGAGCAAUGCGAAUGCAACUAGCAUAGACGACUCCAUCCCGUCCACAUCCAAAAAAGCCGUCGCGGUCUCGACUUUCUAUCCAAAAAAGCCGGGAAAACCCAGCAUAGUCGCGGCGUACACAGCCCCAGACCACAGCCCAGCUUCGAGUGAGACCGACUUUUCUGCGGGCGGCAGUCCUGUGCCCGUCGAGCCAAUGGAGAUAGUCGGGAGCGUUGAGAUUCCGGAGUCCGAAGUGUGCGCUCUGCGCGGCCACGAGGGCGAGGUGUUCAUCUGCGCCUGGAAUCCCAACCGGGACCUGCUGGCCAGUGGCUCGGGCGAUAGCACUGCCCGCAUCUGGAACAUGACCGGAUCGAAAGCCCACUCCAGUCAGCUGGUGCUGAGGCACUCUAUAGAGACAGACGGGCCGCAGUUUACGGGUAACAAGGAUGUCACAUCCCUGGACUGGAAUUGCGACGGUUCGAUGUUGGCUACAGGCAGCUAUGAUGGCUAUGCGCGCAUCUGGAAGACAGAUGGAAGUCUCACUUUGACGCUGGGUCAGCACAAGGGGCCGAUCUUCGCACUCAAGUGGAACAAAUACGGGAAUUACAUUGUCUCCGCCGGAGUGGACAAGACGACGAUCAUCUGGGAUGCGAGCACGGGCAAGUGCACGCAACAAUUCGCCUUUCACAGUGCCCCGGCCCUGGACGUCGACUGGCAGACGAAUCAGGCCUUUGCCUCUUGCAGUACAGAUCAGAGGAUAUUCGUGUGUCGGCUGGGCGAGACAGAGCCGCUCAAAACUUUCUGUGGGCACACCAACGAGGUGAACGCCAUCAAGUGGUGCCCGCAGGGCCUGCUGCUGGCCUCCUGCUCGGAUGACUUGACUCUGAAGAUCUGGACCAUGAAUCGGGAUCGGUGCUGCCAGGACCUGUUGGCCCAUUCCAAGGAGAUAUACACUAUCAAGUGGUCACCCACAGGGCCGAGCACGAACAAUCCCAACAUGAACCUUGUACUCGCCUCGGCCUCCUUCGACUCCACGGUUCGCCUGUGGGACGUGGAGCGCGGAAGCUGUAUAUACACGCUGAGCAAGCACACGGAGCCCGUCUACUCCGUGGCCUUCAGUCCCGACGGCAAGCACCUUGCCUCGGGCAGCUUCGACAAGUGCGUGCACAUCUGGAGCACCCAGACUGGAGAGCUGGUGCAUAGCUACAAGGGCACCGGCGGGAUCUUCGAGGUCUGCUGGAACUCCGAUGGCAGCAAGGUGGGCGCCAGUGCCUCGGACGGCGACAUCUUUGUCCUGGAUCUGCGCAAGUUAUGAUCCCUGGUCACGCCCAGCAGUUUCCUCAAGUUUUUUCUACUAAGACCCGUUUCCAUGCAACAUUUAAGGUAAUACCUUAAGAUGCAGACAUUCUAAGAAACCCGAAACAAAAAAACCAAUUUGAAUUCUGAUACUCUAUGUUUUCUAUAUA